CUCGGCCUCGCGUCGCCUGCGCCGCCGUGCACAUGCGCGCCGGCCCCUUUCCCUCCUUCCCCACUUCCACUGGGUACUACCGUCAGGGCUGCCGGCGCCGCCGCCGCCGCCGCCGUCGCCGCCGCGAAGUCAGGAAGUUCAAGAUGGCCGCCGCGGAGACCCAGGCGCUGCGGGAGCCGCCGGAGAUGGAAGAUGCUGAUAAUUCUGAGAAGAGUAUAAAUGAAGAGAAUGGAGAAGUAUCAGAAGACCAAUCUCAAAAUAAACACAGUCGUCACAAAAAAAAGAAACAUAAACACAGAAGUAAACACAAGAAGCAUAAACAUUCCUCAGAAGAAGACAAGGAUAAAAAACAUAAGCAUAAGCAUAAACAUAAAAAACACAAAAGAAAAGAAAUUCUUGAUGCCUCUGACAAAGAAGGCAUGUCUCCAGCAAAAAGAACUAAACUUGAUGAUUUAGCUUUGCUGGAAGACUUGGAGAAGCAGAGGGCCUUGAUUAAAGCCGAACUUGAUAACGAGCUGAUGGAAGGAAAGGUCCAGUCUGGGAUGGGACUCAUUUUACAGGGCUAUGAGUCUGGCUCUGAGGAAGAAGGGGAGAUUCAUGAAAAGGCGAGAAACGGGAAUAGAUCUAGUACCAGAUCUUCAAGUGCAAAGGGGAAACUUGAAGUGAUGGACAAUAAAAAUAGUACAAAAAAGCGAAGUAAAAGCAGAUCCAAAGAACGGACUAGACAUAGGUCAGAUAAAAAGAAAAGUAAGGGAGGCAUUGAGAUAGCUAAAGAGAAAACCACGAGGAGCAAGUCCAAGGAGAGAAGGAAGUCCCAGAGUCCCUCUAAGAGAAGCAAGUCUCAAGACCAAGCAAGAAAGUCAAAGUCCCCUACGUUUAGGAGGCGGUCUCAGGAGAAAAUUGGCAAAGCCAGGUCUCCCACUGAUGAGAAGGUUAAAAUUGAAGAGAAGAGUAGGAUAAAAGAUAGGAAAAAAUCUCCAAUUAUAAACGAAAGUAGAAGUAGAGAUAGAGGUAAAAAGUCCAGAUCCCCAGUUGACCUACGAGGUAAAUCCAAAGACAGAAGGUCACGGUCCAAAGAGAGAAAAUCAAAAAGGUCUGAGGUUGAUAAAGAGAAGAAGCCCAUUAAGUCUCCCUCUAAGGAUGCUUCCUCUGGGAAAGAAAACAGGUCACCCAGUAGGAGACCUGGUCGCAGUCCUAAGAGAAGAAGUCUGUCUCCAAAACUGCGUGAGAAGUCCAGGAGAAGUAGAUCUCCACUCUUGAAUGAUAGAAGAUCUAAGCAGAGCAAAUCACCUUCCCGAACUCUGUCUCCGGGUAGAAGAGCCAAGAGCCGAUCUUUAGAAAGAAAACGUAGAGAACCAGAGAGGAGACGACUUUCGUCUCCAAGAACACGCCCUCGAGAUGACCUCCUCAGCAGGCGGGAACGGUCCAAGGAUGCCAGCCCCCUCAACCGGUGGUCUCCAACGCGGAGAAGAAGUCGCUCUCCCAUCAGAAGGCGGUCUCGCUCCCCACUCAGGCGCAGCAGGUCUCCCCGACGGAGAAGCAGGUCUCCCCGGAGAAGAGAUAGAGUCCGGAGGAGCAGGUCACGCUUGAGGAGGAGGUCUCGAUCACGGGGAGGCCGCCGGCGAAGGAGCAGAAGCAAAGUGAAGGAAGACAAAUUCAAAGGAAGUCUUUCUGAAGGCAUGAAAGUUGAGCAGGAAUCGUCCUCUGAUGAUAACCUUGAAGAUUUUGACGUAGAGGAAGAGGAUGAAGAAGCACUAAUAGAACAGAGACGAAUACAGAGGCAAGCAAUUGUUCAGAAAUACAAGUACCUGGCUGAAGACAGCAAUAUGUCUGUGCCGUCGGAGCCCAGUAGCCCGCAGAGCAGCACUCGGACACGAUCACCCUCUCCAGAUGACAUCCUGGAGCGAGUCGCUGCCGAUGUCAAAGAGUAUGAGCGGGAAAACGUUGACACAUUUGAGGCCUCAGUAAAAGCCAAGCAUAAUCUCAUGACAGUUGAACAGAAUAAUGGUUCAUCUCAAAAGAAGCUGUUGGCACCUGACAUGUUUACAGAAUCUGAUGAUAUGUUUGCUGCAUAUUUUGAUAGUGCUCGUCUUCGGGCUGCUGGCAUUGGAAAAGAUUUCAAAGAGAACCCCAACCUCAGAGAUAACUGGACUGAUGCCGAGGGCUAUUACCGUGUGAACAUAGGUGAAGUCUUAGAUAAGCGUUACAACGUGUAUGGCUACACUGGACAAGGUGUCUUCAGCAACGUUGUGCGGGCGAGAGAUAAUGCAAGAGCGAACCAAGAGGUGGCCGUGAAGAUCAUCAGGAACAAUGAGCUGAUGCAAAAGACUGGCCUAAAAGAACUGGAAUUCUUGAAGAAGCUCAACGAUGCCGACCCUGAUGACAAGUUCCACUGCCUGCGACUCUUCAGGCACUUCUACCACAAGCAGCAUCUGUGCCUUGUGUUCGAGCCUCUCAGUAUGAAUUUACGAGAGGUAUUAAAAAAAUACGGUAAGGAUGUUGGGCUUCAUAUUAAAGCUGUAAGAUCUUACAGUCAGCAGCUGUUCCUGGCAUUGAAACUCCUUAAAAGGUGCAAUAUUCUACAUGCAGAUAUCAAGCCGGACAACAUCCUGGUUAAUGAAUCAAAAACGAUUUUAAAGCUCUGUGAUUUUGGGUCGGCUUCCCACGUCGCGGAUAAUGACAUAACACCUUACCUUGUCAGUAGAUUUUAUCGGGCUCCUGAGAUCAUUAUAGGCAAAAGCUAUGACUACGGUAUAGAUAUGUGGUCUGUAGGCUGUACGUUGUAUGAGCUCUAUACUGGAAAAAUUUUGUUUCCUGGUAAAACCAAUAACCACAUGUUGAAGCUUGCCAUGGAUCUCAAAGGAAAGAUGCCAAAUAAGAUGAUUCGGAAAGGUGUAUUUAAAGAUCAGCAUUUUGAUCAAAAUCUCAACUUCAUGUACAUAGAAGUUGAUAAAGUAACAGAGAGGGAGAAAGUUACUGUCAUGAGCACCAUUAAUCCAACUAAGGACCUGUUGGCUGACUUGAUUGGGUGCCAGCGACUUCCUGAAGACCAACGUAAAAAAGUACACCAGCUGAAGGACUUGUUGGACCAGAUCCUAAUGUUGGACCCAGCUAAACGAAUUAGCAUCAACCAGGCCCUACAGCAUGCAUUCAUCCAGGAAAAAAUUUAAACAAGAUGAAGAAACUGCAAGGGUUUGAGUAAUUAAAUACAAAGACUGAAGAAAUUUCACAGCAGUUUAUUAUUAAUGUAUAUAAACUUAUAAAUAUUUCUCCAGCAAAUUUGAGGAAGCAUGAUAUAUUUGAAUUAACACCAAGGGUGAUAUUUCUUUUAGAAAUGUUAGUUAAUCUGUUUUGUGUCUUAUGUGAAGUUUCACUGUAGAAUUGUUUUAAUUGCCAAGACUGCACAAAAUUACAGUGCUAAUGUAUAUGGUUGCAGUUCACAUAAAAGACAAAAGCAUCUGUUAUAAAAUGAGUAGUAAUACUGGGUGGAUGAUCCAUUUUUAGCAGACUUGGCUUCAUUUUGGUCUUCGAAUGAAAUGGCCAGCAUAAAUGCUGUUUAUAUUCACGUUUUCCUAGGUGUGUGUGUGCAGGCCACGGCAGCAUGCCCUGGGUGUAGUCAGUGCCGAAGGGGGUCUGUUUCUUCUUGAGCCUGCCUGCAGGGAUGUCUCCUCUUUUAAAGCAGGUUGUGUACAACAGUCAGUACACUGAAGGUAAGCUACCAUCAACAUCACUGGUGUUUUAAGCUGUUAUUUUAUUGGAAUAAUUGACAAAUGAGGGAUCUUAGCUUUGUGGCAGAAUUCCCUGCAUGUGUGAUAGCUGAUCUUGUUUUAUUUUUUGACAUUGCGACUGUGGCGUAGUUACAAUUUCUGUUCUGUUCAUCGCAUUUAAAAUUUGAAGAGUAUGCGCUUGAUGGAUAGAGCGCCUUCAGUGUACUGUUUCUUAUUAACUUUCCUUUUUUUAAAUCAACUUGCUAUAGACUUUAUAUACAUUUUGUUAACUAUAGUUCCUAGUGACAUAGAAACAAUGCAGUUUUCAUUUACUGAUUACAAAUGCUGAGGCCUGAUUCUGAAAGUCCUCAUAUUUAAAGAUUAGAUAGACAACAUAAUGAAAUUUUUAACUAUUUGUAUGUCAUUUUGAAAGUGUACUGCUUUAUGGUAACAAUGUUUUUCAUUUGUUCAUUGUUUUCAUUAUUUGUGAUCAUGUUGUCUUUCAAUACAGGCAUAAACCUUCCACUCUUGAACAAAGCAGCUGCUUUUUAAAAGCGGUAAUUGCUUCUUUACCUUUUAUUUCUUUUGUAAAUGAAGCUUUUCUUUAAGAAUGUGACCUUAAAGUGUUGUCUAUGGCAUAAAACAGUUGACACUCACUUAUUGUAAAGUGAAGAUGGUUCUGCUGCAUGUGAAGUGGGCCAUGCAGACUUGUGUAUGUUCUCAGUAUGCAUCGCUAGAUAAUAAAGUCUUUUGUGAACAAGGCAUUUGUAGCCAUUUUUAAAAGUUUUUGUCUUCAGUACUGGUAAGUCAGGUAAACCAUAGUUAAAACCUUUCUUUUUUUCCCCAAAGUUUUUAUUGAUAGUAUUGUUUAAGAUGUAAGCCUAGCUAGACAUUGAUCAUUUUAUUAGUAAUUAGGGUGCUAAUUAUUUCAUCCAGAAAAACCCUACGAUUAUUGUCAGCUUUCAGUGUAGUCAGAUUAUUCCUAUAGGUUGUAGGAUCUAAUUCAGGAUUUAACUAAUGUUUCUGCUAUUUUCUCACUUUUCCUUUUGAUGGUGCGGAAAGAGAAAAAGGAAAACGGGGCACAGGCCAUUCGACGCCUUCUCCAAGGGGUCUGAUUUGCUGAGACACCAGCUUCACCUUCUUAACAAGGUUAUUUCUGACAGCAUGUGUAGAUAAACAUUUAGCAACAGUUUAAAACAAAAUCAUGUCAAUCAACUUGGUUUUGCAACAAAGGAAUUCCUAUUUUUAACAUGGUAGAAGAGAAUUUCCAAAAGUGUAUGUAAUCCUUUCUGUUUGGGGUUAAUGUUUGUUCCCCUGAGAAAGAAUCCAAUUUAAGGGGCUUAUAUAAUACUUUUAAAUUGUAAAUGGGAUUUUCUUAUUCACCCAGGCACCUAAUUACACCAAGCAUGCACCUUUUGGUGCAUUCAAGAAUGGAAAAUCAGAAUAGCAGCACUCUCCUGGUGGGCUUUGCGCCAUUUAAAGGCUUGACAUGAACUGCACAGCCAGGAAGGUGAUAGAUGGCCUAAUAAGCCAGCCUCAACCCACACCCCGUCUCUUCAUGGUUUAGACUUAAAUGAGUAAAGGUGAUUUGUUCUCAUCUGCAGGUAGAGUGAAGCCUUUUAAAUAAGGCAUCACAUGUGCAGCUUCCAGCUUACUGAUACGGAGUGAUUUCCCACCAUUACCUGGUGACAGUCUGCUGCAUAGUCAAGUGUUUAGUAGUUAUUUUCACUGAAAAAAGUUAAUGUUUUGAUGCUUCUGGUGAUUUUCAUGUCUUCAUUUUAUAUAAAUAUUUAAUAAGUAAACUUUUCACUAGAAACAGUUCACCUUAUACCUUCAAGAUUAUUACUUAUUCUUUAAAAAACAAAGUUGCUUGUUACUUGUUCUUUGUGUUUUAGGUGCAGCUCAGUGGAAGAUGAUGACAACCAGAAGACAUGAGCUAAGGUUUCUGUCCUAUAAAAGAUUAAAAAGAAGAAUUUUUAGUUUUUGUCUUAAUUUUUUAGUUUUCAGCAUUAUGAUUUGGGUUUCAUUAGUGUUUGGUAUUUAGAAUAGUAGUGCUGAUUGUGGUGUUCAUCUGUAAGCGCUUGUUUUAUCACGCCACUUGACUCUCCUUCCUGUCUCCUGUAACAUAAACGUAGUGGUUGAGUGGUAGAAAGAGAGUCCUGGGGGGUAAGACCCCACGUGCCACGUGGUUGUCAGAAUGGGAUCCCAAGGAGCAUACAAAGCACACGAGCUGCCAGCGUAACACGCGCCACAGUACUCUUGAGCUGCAGGCAGAUGCAAAAGAGUAGAAGCAGCACUUGAAGAAGACUGUCCAACUGCUGUCAUUUCUGUUCUCUAAUUUCAACAAGUGCUCUGGUCGUGGUCUAAAAACAGACAAAAUACUCAGAGCUGUUGUCAGUUUUUCUUAAGGAAAACGAGAAAGGUGAUAUUGUAGUUCUUGUAUUGCCAAAUUGAGCUUUCUUAAAUUUGUCUAUUUACAUGGGACUCUACAAACUCAUGUAUACACACACACACACACACACACACACACACACACACACAAUUUUAUUUGAACUUAUAAUUUGGCUGAGACAGAAUUUGGAACUCAAAGAUCUGUUCCACUGAGGUCAUGUAGUGAUGGUCCUGCUGCCCAGACCUGCAUGCAUGUUUUUAUAGUAACUUGAGUUUCUAAAUACAGUUAACUGCCAUGAACUUUGGGCUUUCAGACACUCUAUGGCAAAAAUUAUGUCAAGUGAUUUAUCAGACCUGAGGGUUUAUAAAAGCCUUUAGCAUAACUGUCACGGAUGUCUUUGUUCUUUCUGGAACUGGGGGAGGAACUGUCUUAAUGUCAUACAUGAGACUAGUUGAGGAGAGGCAGCUCUCACGGGUCUUCAGAAACGGGGGGAUUUUAAGGUUUUCAGCAGGGAGGUGUGUUAUAAAUGAGCCCCUGUAUUAUCCCCCCACCCCCUAAGGUCAUUCCUACCUGUAUACACUUCUUCAUUCUCCAACAGCUUUCUCAUUUUACUCUCUCUAUUUUAUGUUUUUAUCUUACUAUUGAAGUUGAUGCUUUUUUCUAACAAAAAUACUCAGGACAUUCUUAUAGUACAAAGUAUGUAGUAUUUUAUGCUAUGUGAUAGGUGCAGAGAAAUUGAAUGUGUUGGUUUGGCUCCAGAUUUGCACUCCUCCCACGCUGCGUACCUGUACUUUUUCCAUAGAAGUCUAUGUAGGUUGAAAUAAAAUCUCAGAACUGAAACAAUCCCGUGUUGAAUCAAAUUUCAAUUUAGGCCAAUAAGCAGUGAGAGAAUGUCCUGUAUGCAGUAGCCGUAGGAAGCAGCUGCGUGGUCAGACCUGCAGUUUCCUUGCGUCAGUAGAGCAGCAGUGCCAUGUGCGCCGCACAUGCACGGCCUGGCAGAGCCUGCUUCCGGCACAUAGUGUGAAUUUUUACUCUCUAUGGAGUGUCUUACCGAGAUGUUUAUGGCACAUUCAUUGUGUUUUUACAUAUUAAUGAUGUACACUAUAUGGGCUUUAAAAUGUUUUCCAGUUGUCUUGCUGUGUCGCUGUGGCACCCUUAACUUUUCUUCUCCUUCUGCAUGUAGGGUAAGGGCCCGUUCUGAAGAGCCUUUCCAUUUAGUGAUCAAGACGCAGAAGCUGCUCUGAAAGUGCUCCAUGUGUACCCACUUGUUCAUGUUACCAUUCCGAAUUGUAUCUUGCAUUUCAGCAGCACAUGUUCCCAGUUGGCUUUUCGGGAAACAAUAAAAUAUACCUCUUGAUAC